AUGAAGAGGUACAGCCCACCCAGUCUUGUGGACCUUGCAAGCCAGAGCUUCCUGAAGGAUGAGGCCUCAGCCAUUGCCAUGCUGCACUGUCUGCCCAUCGCUCUCUUCCUGCCUCUGUUCAAAGCAGCUGUCACCGGAAGGCACCUUGCAACAUUGAAGGCCAUGGUGUCGACCUGGCCCUUUACCUGCCUGCCCCUGGGGGCUCUGAUAGGAGCUCAGCAGCUCCCCCAGGACAUUUUAAAAGCUGUGUUGGAUGGACUAGAUGUCCUGCUUGCCCAGAAGGUUCGCCCUGGGAGAUGUCAACUGAAAGUUUUAGAUCUUUGUACACAUGCUCACAGCAAUUCCUGGAACCUGUGCUCUGAUACAGAGUCUGACUUCACAUAUCUAUCCUUGUGUCCAAGCACCAAGUCCCUUAGAUCCCUGAAUUUGAGUAGAAUCAAGUUGACUGGCUUCAAUCCUCAAUCGCUACAAGUUCUGUUGGAGAGAACGUCAGACACCCUUCAGAUCCUGAACUUAGGUGGCUGUGGGAUCACAGACUCCCAGCUCAAAGCCAUCCUGCCUGCCCUUGGACGCUGCUCCCAGCUCGAGCUCUUCAGACUCUAUGGGAUCCCAGUCUCCAUGGCUACCCUGGAGGGUUUGUUGCGGCACACCCUCCCUUUGUGCAAGUUGCAACUCUUGCAGUUUCCUAUCCCUCUCGAGUGUUACCUGGACAUCCAGGGUCCUCUCCAACAGGGGAAGCUUCCCAUGUAUAUGGCCAAGCUCAAACAAACACUCCAGGACUUGGGAAAGUGGAACCGCUUGCUGGCCUGCCAACAUGACACCAAUAUAGAUGAUCAUUCAAUUACCUGCAUUAUCCAGGACUGA